AUGGCCAUAGACAUCAUGCUGAGGAACCUUAACUAUAAUUUGUGUUUUAAUAAUGAACAGAUAGAGGGAACUAGAGGUGGGACUUCAGCUGAUGCCGACAUAGAACCUGGGAUGAGUGAUUGCACAUCAAGCAAAACCGUUAGCAAUCUGCAGCGACGGUCAUCUACUUCAUUUGUAGAGGAGGCCGUACCGACCACGAAAAGACGGAGGAAGUCCGGGAGAUUGGUGAUCAGCACCAUGGGGCAAGCAGCCAGGAAGAGCUCAGUUCGACAAAGGCAAAAAGUGUCCUGUCCGCACGAAACCGUGUCAAGUCUACGGAGAAAAGCCUUGGCCAAGUCCCUUAAAGACAUAAAAGUCUGCUCCGAAGAUCCAAUUCCCAACAGACCACCCUGGGUGUCAUAAAGUAAGAAGGCGAGACUUCUCUGCCAGUUGUUAACUAUCCUAC